GCUGCUGUUUGCGCACCAAGGACACGGGUUUACAUUCCAAGCAGUGUCUCGUGAUGUCAGUGACAACAAUGAAAAUAUUUUAAGAAUUUUACUUCCUUCUUCACCGUCGCUAUAAGAGAGAGGUCUUGGUCCAGAGUCUCUCUGAGCAACACAGCGAGCGAUCCCAGUGAAGCCCAUGAGUCAUGGCAAGCGCGACUCCCAGUGAGAGUGUGGAUAGUGAGCUGCGCUGCUCCAUCUGCCUGGGCACGUUUGUCUGCCCCUCCACACUGAGCUGCGGACACUCGUUCUGCCUGCUGUGCCUGGAGGCCGCCUGGGAGACGGCGAGCAGCUUCAGCUGCCCGCAGUGCCGAGCGACCUUCGCUGUGCGACCCCAGCUGAGGAGGAACGUGGCCCUCGCCAACCUGGUGGAGCAGCUCAGAGUUGGAGACGGGAUGGCCGCGGUCGUCAUGUGUGACAUCUGCGGUGACGGCCACACUCCUGCAGUGAAGACCUGCCUGAGAUGUGAGAUGUCCUACUGUUUUUCUCACUUUAGGACUCACGUGGAGAAUCCCAGGUUGAGAGACCACGCCGUGGUGGAUCCCAUUGCGAGCUUGGACGAGAGAAGAUGCCGUAAUCACAAACGGGAGCUGGAAUUCUACUGCACAGUAGAUAGAAGCCUGGUUUGCUCAUCUUGCACCAUCGCAGGUGAACACAAAGGACAUGAUGUCACCAUGCUGAAGGACGAGCACGAGACACGGAAGACUCGCGUAGGGGAGGAGACGCGAGCGGUGGAGGAGAAGAGGAAGGAGGCGGAGGAGUCCGUGAAGCGGAUGGAGGCCGCUCGCAAGGAGGCUCAGGAAUCGGUGGCCGGGAUCAGGGGUCGCAUCACGGGCAAGUUCGCCCGUCUAAAGAAGGCUCUGGACGAGGACGAGAAGGAGGCUCUCCAACGCGUGGCCGUGAAGGAGCGCGAGCUGCUGUCCCGGAUAGACGAGGACAUCGCUCGUCACAAGCGGGAGAUCGGCGAGCUCCAGGCGGCGGCCGCUCGCCUGCGCACCCUGCAGCACGAGAGGGACUCGUUCACCUUCCUGCAGGGGCACCUGGAGGAGACGCGCAGUAUCUGUACACUAAUACUAACUAAUAUUAGUAUGUGUACACUAAAACUCACCACAGAUGGACGAUCACCAACUCUGGACACAAACUCAGCCUGCGACCACCUCCAGAUUUCCUCGGAUCUCAGGAAGGCAACGUGGAGCGAUGUCCCCCAGGGUCGCCCCCAUCACCCACACCGCUUUGAGUGCUGGCGGCAAGCGCUGUGCUCUGAGAGCUUCUCGUCGGGUCAGCACUACUGGGAGGUGGACGUGGGGAGCACGGAUGAGUGUCUGGUUGGAGUCGCGUAUGCGACGAUCCCACGGAGAGGGCUUGGUGCUGAGUGCCUCCUGGGAGAGAGUGACGUCUCCUGGUGUCUACAGAAACUUGGCGACAGCUUCUCAGUGCUGCAUGGCGGGGUAGAGACAUCACUGUCGGUGCCGCAGCCUCCGCGGAGAGUUGGGGUCCACCUGGACUGGGACGCGGGGCUGCUGUCGUUUUACAACGCCGACUCCAUGGCGCCGUUGCACUCGUUUCACCAAACAUUCACUCAGCCCUUACACCCUGGGCUGUGGGUGGGGGACUCGGUGAGGAUUGUGGAUCUGAGUGGUGCGUCCUGAGAGAAGUGAACGUGAACAGCGCAGAGGGCAGACGCCACGACGCACUGCGCUCGCCACCCUCGUCACCGUCACGCGCAGCGCCACGCCCUUG